UUCCUUUCCCAUUGGGCUCUCGGCCCAGGUCCACCGAGUCCUCUACGCGCUGGGGCCUGUGGGAUAGAAGGGCUGAGGGCGGGUGCACGCAGUGCUUCAGAGGAUGGGAACUACAAUUCCCAGAGGGGUGUGCGGCCGAAAGCCUCGGGCGGCCUUCUGAGGGGCUCUGCUAGCUUCAGCGCCGUGGGGUCUGACCUGGCUGGGUGUAGUGUCCCGGCCUGGCAGGAGGGGCGGCCCGGUCCGGGUCGCACCUCCUGGAGCCGUCCCCGGGACGUCAGUCCUGGAGGAGGCGAGGGUUGCUCCGAUUGCUAAGAAAACUAUGAAUAAGUCAGAGAACCUGCUGUUUGCUGGUUCCUCAUUAGCAUCACAAGUCCAUGCUGCUGCCGUUAACGGAGAUAAGGGUGCUCUACAGAGGCUCAUCGCAGGAAACUCUGCUCUUAAAGACAAAGAAGAUCAAUUUGGGAGAACACCACUUAUGUAUUGCGUGUUGGCUGACAGAUUGGAUUGUGCAGAUGCUCUCCUGAAGGCAGGAGCAGAUGUGAAUAAAACUGACCAUAGCCAGAGAACAGCCCUCCAUCUUGCAGCCCAGAAGGAGGCUACAAGGAUGAAAUGAACCCUUUCUGAAGGUGGCCACAGUUAGUAAGCAAACUGCUUCAUACAAGAGUGUUGGACCAGGAGGAGGGAAAUUAUCGUUUCGUGAAACUCUUACUUACACGCAGAGCAAACUGGAUGCAAAAGGAUCUGGAAGAGAUGACUCCUUUGCACUUGACUACCCGGCACAGGAGCCCUAAGUGUUUGGCACUUCUGCUGAAGUUUAUGGCACCAGGAGAAGUGGAUACACAGGAUAAAAACAAGCAAACAGCUCUGCAUUGGAGUGCCUACUACAAUAACCCUGAGCACGUGAAACUGCUCAUCAAGCAUGAUUCUAACAUUGGGAUUCCUGAUGUUGAAGGCAAGAUCCCACUUCACUGGGCAGCCAACCAUAAAGAUCCAAGUGCUGUUCACACAGUGAGAUGCAUUCUGGAUGCUGCUCCAACGGAGUCUUUACUGAACUGGCAAGACUACGAGGGUCGAACUCCUCUUCACUUUGCAGUUGCUGAUGGGAAUGUGACCGUGGUUGAUGUCUUGACCUCAUAUGAAAGCUGCAAUAUAACGUCUUAUGAUAACUUAUUUCGAACCCCACUGCACUGGGCAGCUUUAUUAGGCCAUGCACAGAUUGUCCAUCUCCUUUUAGAAAGAAAUAAGUCUGGAACUAUCCCAUCUGACAGCCAAGGAGCCACACCUUUGCACUAUGCUGCUCAGAGUAACUUUGCUGAAACAGUUAAAGUGUUUUUAAAACAUCCUUCAGUGAAAGAUGAUUCAGACCUAGAAGGAAGAACAUCCUUUAUGUGGGCAGCUGGCAAAGGCAGUGAUGAUGUCCUUAGGACUAUGCUGAGUUUAAAAUCGGACAUUGAUAUUAACAUGGCUGACAAAUAUGGAGGUACAGCUUUGCAUGCUGCUGCCCUUUCUGGCCAUGUCAGCACCGUGAAGUUAUUACUGGAAAAUAACGCUCAAGUGGAUGCUACUGACGUUAUGAAACAUACUCCACUUUUCCGAGCCUGUGAGAUGGGACACAAAGAUGUGAUUCAGACACUCAUUAAAGGUGGAGCAAGAGUAGAUCUAGUUGACCAAGACGGACAUUCUCUUCUACAUUGGGCAGCACUGGGAGGAAAUGCUGAUGUUUGCCAAAUAUUAAUAGAAAAUAAGAUCAAUCCAAAUGUUCAGGAUUAUGCAGGAAGAACCCCUUUGCAGUGUGCUGCAUAUGGAGGCUAUAUCAACUGCAUGGCAGUUCUCAUGGAAAACAAUGCAGACCCUAACAUUCAAGACAAAGAGGGAAGAACAGCUUUGCAUUGGUCCUGCAACAAUGGAUACCUUGAUGCCAUUAAAUUACUGCUAGACUUUGCUGCGUUCCCUAAUCAGAUGGAAAACAAUGAAGAGAGAUACACACCCCUUGAUUAUGCUUUGCUUGGUGAGCGCCAUGAAGUGAUCCAGUUCAUGUUGGAGCACGGUGCCCUGUCCAUUGCAGCCAUUCAAGACAUCGCCGCCUUCAAAAUCCAAGCUGUCUACAAAGGGUACAAGGUCAGAAAAGCCUUCCGAGACAGGAAAAAUCUCCUCAUGAAGCAUGAACAGUUGAGAAAAGAUGCUGCUGCCAAAAAGCGAGAGGAAGAAAACAAACGAAAAGAGGCAGAACAGCAAAAAGGAAGGCAAAGCCCAGAUUCCUGCAGACCCCAGGCCCUUCCCUGUCUGCCCAGCACCCGGGAUGCACCCAGCAGGCAGAGCCGGGCCCCCAGCAAGCAGCCUCCUGCUCGCAACGUGGCCCAAGGCCCUGAGCCAAGAGACAGCAGAGGAUCUCCAGGAGGGUCUCUAGGCAGAGCCCUCCAGAAGGAGCAGUAUGCUUCCUCGGAUUUGCAGGGAACAAACUCCAGAAGGCCAAAUGAAACAGCCAGAGAACAUUCUAAAGGCCAAUCUGCCUGUGUCCACUUCAGACCCAAUGAAGGCAGUGAUGGAAACAGGCAUCCAGGAGUUCCCUCUGUUGAGAAGUCCAGAGGUGAGACAGCUGGUGAUCAGCGGUGUGCAAAGGGGAAAGGCUUCGUGAAGCAGCCCUCCUGUAUCAGGGUGGCUGGGCCUGAUGAGAAAGGAGAGGACUCCAGGCGGGCAGCUGCAAGCCUUCCACCCCACGAUAGCCACUGGAAGCCCAGCAGGCGGCAUGACACAGAACCCAAGGCCAAAUGUGCCCCCCAGAAAAGGCGCACUCAAGAGCUCAAAGGAGGAAGGUGCUCCCCAGCUGGUUCUAGCCGGCCUGGCAGUGCCCGGGGGGAGGCAGUCCAUGCUGGGCAGAAUCCUCCCCACCAUCGUACACCAAGAAACAAAGUGACACAAACCAAGCUCGCAGGAGGGCUCUAUUCAGAUUUGCCACAGAGCACAGAGGAGUUGAGGUCAGGAGCCCGGAGGCUGGGGACAUCCACCCUGUCCGAGGACUUUCAGGUAUCUAAGGAGACUGAUCCAGUACCUGGUCUCUCUGGGCAAAGUGUGAAUAUUGACCUUCUCCCUGUAGAGCUCCGACUGCAGAUAAUUCAGAGAGAACGAAGGAGGAAAGAGCUGUUUCGCAAAAAGAACAAGGCAGCGGCAGUCAUCCAGCGUGCCUGGCGAAGCUACCAGCUCAGGAAGCACCUGUCCCACCUUCGACAUACGAAGCAGCUUGGAGCUGGAGAUGUGGACAGAUGGAGGCAAGAGUGUACAGCAUUACUCCUCCAGAUUUGGAGGAAGGAACUAGAACUAAAACUCCCCCAAACUACUGCAGUAAGCAAGACCCCCAAGAGUCCAUCCAAGGGCACCUCAGGCACAAAGUCCACUAAGCACUCAGUGCUUAAGCAAAUCUAUGGUUGUUCUCAAGAAGGGAAAAUACAACAUCCUACAAGAUCUGUAAAAGCCUCUUCCGUGUUGCGUCUCAACUCAGGUAAGGCAGUCACUGCAAAGCAGACGGUGGGGGAGAACAUGGGGAAGCGUUUUCCUUCAUUUCAUCCCCAAAGACAGAAGACAUUAGCACAGAGAUGGCCAGGGUUUUCCAAUGGUCAUUUGAUUUCAUGGGAUUAUUACUGUAGCCAACAUCUGUCUCCCUAAGAGGCAAAUUAUUUUCACAACUAAAAGCUAUUAUUAACUCCAAUAGAAACAAUAAAUGGUAGCUAUUAUUGAUCACUUUUAUACAGUUUUUCACAUAAAGGAGAAAAUAAAUGAAAAUACUGUCAUUUUUCAAAGGAAUACCUUGGGAAUCCUUUAUAAUCCUUAUGAUUCCCCGUUUCCUUCUCCAAGAUGGGAAGACCACCAUGAAGAGGACACUGAGAGCAUGUACAGCCCAGGCUCAGCUGUGCGUGAUUUCCCUCAUACUAGAGAAGCUCAGGGAACUUUCUUUUCAGCCGCAAGACAAGAGUUUUACUUAGUGCCCCCUCUUUCACGCCAGCAUUAAAUAUGGGUGAUAAGUUCAUUGCUGUCAGCAGCUAAUGCCAGGUCCAGUGUUUCUCAUAGGUGGCUAUGGCAACACGCUCCCCGCUGCCUCCCCGAUCCACACAGUCAUCCUGGAGGAACAGAGUGCAGCUGGGAAGGUGAACAAUGACUGUCAGCAUGAACUUUAACAUUCAUUUAGUUUUUGAUGGGGGGCAAAAACCUGGAGGUGGGGGACAGAGUAAUUACUGCCAAAUCUUUAAUAAGAGUUGGACAACUCAGGUAAUACAGACAGACUGAUCAGGGAGUGGUGGGUGGGGUAGUUAGAAACUUUGAAAGCCAUCAAGGCCUACAGUCUGUUUAAAAACAACCAAAAAACACCCUUUCGUUAUACCUGAGCAAAUUGAAGAAUCAUUUCAAAAACAGAAUUGUCAGGUAUCACUACCAGAGAAGUGGCAUUUAGACAAUCAAAUACUAGCAUAAAUUAGAUAACUGGAUCAUUUUUCACUGUCUUAAGAGAAAAACAAAUCCAAGACAGUCAGAAAUCUUUUAAAAUGGUGUUUAGCAGCAUGUAAGUUUUUUAGUUAAGGGACUCAGAAGGGACAGAGUAAAUCAAUUCAAAUCAAAACUUAAUGGUUUCACAGGACUUCAUAUGAACAAGCAACUUAUUUGUCCUACACAUAUUUUUGACUGGUUUAAAAUCAGACAAGGAUAAAAUGAUCUUUUCCUAACCCCAAAUUUGGGAGCACACACGGUUUUGUUAGGUUCAAGCCCACCCACAUUAAGCAUUAACCAGUUAAUAUUAUUGCUCUCACCCUCCAACUUGGAGAGAGACCCCCAAGAGGUUUUAGUAGUGCCUUUACCACUUAGGAAGAAACAGAAAGGUGGAUAUAGCAAAAUGCCAGCCUCCUUGGGCUGUUUCUCCACAUGUAUUUGGGAGGCAGCAAAACAAUCCCUGCUCACUUCAGUCUUCUACACCCAGCCUUGCAAACCACCCACCAAGAAUCUCAGCAGAGCCUUUUACUGAUACACACACACACCUGGGCCUAUCUCUUUAACAAUAAAAGAAAACAACUCCCUUUAAAAUUCCAUUCCAGUGAAUGGAAUAACUGUGAUUAUUAGUAUUGGUACCCCCUGUAUAAAUCCAGUUUAUUCUUGCUUACCUACAGAGGGGUACACAGAUGACAACUCCAUUCAAGAUACAGUGAAGAUACUAUUUAAUAGUUCACAUUAAAAUAAUUUUGUGGAAGUUAUAAAACCAAGAGAGAAAAAUUGAGACAUACGUUUGCUACUUUUUAAAACUACUAAACUUUUAAUGUAUUUGCUUAUAUGCUCCAGAAAAAGUUAGAAGCAAAAUAUAGCACUAUCUUCAGCAAGGUCUCUCAACCAUAUGGGGCCUCAGUAUCAUUUGUCAGUAUCAUUUGUCAAAGUAUAUCACUAACGUUUUCUGACUGUGGCAUCCUAUACAUUUGUUAAUUCAAAGUCAUAAAAAGGCCUCAAAAAUCCAUUUUAAGUUUGAUAUUCCCAUCAGCUUAUCAUUCAUGAGGAUCUGAAUAUUUCCUAACCUAUUUCCUAGAACAGACUAUUCAAAGUAUAAUAGUAGAGUUAAAAGAGGUUACGUGUUUAUGUAAUGUGUUAUGUGAGAGACACAGAGAGAGAAUAUAUUUGUUAUUUCAGGCAGACUGAAGACCGAGCUUCCGGUAUCAGCUCCCCAAGUGCCUGCUCUCUCUUAGUCAAGUCUCCCUUGAAGAGAUGUCCCAUAUCUUGAGACUGCAGAAAUAUAAAGCUAUUAUAUUAAUUCAUCCUGCCUCUACAGUAAACUGGCCCAUCAUCCCAGGGAUGGCCUAAACCUAAGUCCUUCUUCCUCAACGCCAAUGAACUGUUCCCUUCAGCCUUAAAAUUAAUAACCUUAGUAUCUAUCUGGUAUUUGUUUUUAACAGUGAGCAACCUACAGUGCAUACAUCUCCUUGAUAACAGUGGAAGAUCAAAGAACUUUUCUUAUAACCUGCAAUCAGCUACUCAGCCAAAAAACAAAACAAAACCUUGACUGCCUAAGGAGGAAGACUGUGUUCGGGUGAGCUGGCAUAGCUAGUGCAGAGUUCAAAUUUUCUGCUGAUAAUCUUUUACACUUUGGGAAAACUUUAGUAUCUGUACCUGAAGGCUUAUUCACCUAAAAAUGUGUUAACUCAAAGAAAAUGUCAGAAUGUUUCCUUUCUGCUCUUACACAGGAUUGUUUUGUCAAUCAAUGUAGCCUGCACUGAAAGGACCUGCAUAGACUAUGUCUGUGCAAAGUGCCUGGGUGUCUGCUUUCACCACAGUCUGUAUGGUUGGAAAUGAGAAUUCACAGUUAACAGUAAAAUCUAAGGCAAACUAAGGCUGCUGGGUUGGAAUUUCUGCCAGCUAGCUGGUACUGGCUUCCUGACUCAAGAGAUGAACCUAAAUGAGAUAGGAAGCCUGUCCCAUAGCAGCCUUCCUCUCACUACUUUCCUGGAAUCUAAUGCAACAAACUUAUCACACACACCACAUUCACAUCCCACUGUUACUUCAAAAUUAAUCAGGUUUAAAUUUUAGAUCAGAAUCAUGACCCACUGUUUGCAUUUAGAAAUUGUACAAAAGACCAUAGAUACAUUCUGGUGAUUCCUUACAUUUUACAGUUCCUACAUUAGCCUCUCAAGGCCACAAGUUGCCGCCACGUCUUCUCUGAAUGGCUUUCUCAGUGCUGAAUACCAACAGCCGUAUUACAGUAUCAAGGAUUCUGUCAGGUAGGGUUUACAGACCAUGCAGCAAGGUGCCAACUCAGGCUUCAAUGUUCUACUUGUAUUUUCUGACCAACUUGCAGAAAUGAGCAAUCUUCUUAAAAUGCCAUUCCUGUUGGCAGGGAAGAAUGAAACGGCACACAUCCUAGCAUUCUAAGAACACCUGGUUUAAAUAAAAUCCAGUGAUCAUGGACUCUUUCACAUUGUUUAAGGGGAAAGCUGCUGUGGGAAUAUAGACAGUAGGCAUAAACAGUGAUAUAUUUUACUCACAAGUAUUUUGGGGGUUGCUUUCAUUUUUUACACAUCAGUGCCACUUCUGUGCUAAAGUUAAGAGACAGGCAAUGAAGUGUUCGCUUAAGUUAACUACCUUGGUUUUUAGUUUGCUAAUUACUAUAAGUCAUCGUUUUUGUGAUCACAAAAACACAAAGAAUGAGGUCUGCCUAGAUGGGAUUACAAAGAUUUAGCCAAUUUCUUGGUACAUAACAGAAGGUACCACAGGAUCACUCUCUGUUUUGUAAAUAUUUCGCUCCUAUGAAAUGCACAAUGCAUAACGCCUGUGACCAUGUAUCGUGUGCUAGUCCAGGAAGCCAGCAUACACAUUAAUAGGAACUCCCAAGCAUUAUUUUCCUACAUCAAUGCAAAGAAGGUUCGUAAACUUCUUUAAAAGUUCAGCUUUAAUGACAAAAGAUCUAUUACAUCAGUCUUUCUU